UUGAUCGUCCUCCAUCGAUUGAUACAGAUCCAAUAACCAGGAGAUUAGAAGUUGCUCCAGCGUUCGCUUUGGAAUAUUCGGUACCCGACUGUUUGUUUUUUGGGGACUGUGCAACGAGCUGCUCUUCCUCAGCUGUCAGAUCAUCUGUCAGUCGGAGGGUCACCAGACAGCCUGAAACAUUUGGGAACGUCCCCGAAUCCGGGUCCUGUUUGUCCUGAAUAUGAACCGUUGUAGUGAUGGAUGACUUGAGCGAGCUAAACCGAGAUCUGACUCUGAGACACAGUAAUGAAAAUGCUGCAUAUUGAAUGUUUUGUGUUGUCACAAGUGCUGCCAACUUUCAAUCAAUAAUUAAUAACGUUAACGAGAAACAAGCUGCUGUCACCUGAAUAAAGACUCAUUCAAUUAUUAAUGAGUCUACAUGAAUUAGUAGAUUAAUAUCAUUGUUUUGACUUCCUGAAUCUGAAAUAUUCCAAUCAGAUCAUAUGUGGGUUAUAAUUCCUGCUUUACCUAUGGAAAUUAGUUUUAUUGAUGUGUUUUUAUAACAGAUAGUUGGCGCCAUUUGCCUCCACUGAGGGAAGAAUUUGCGAAAAAAUAUUUAAAACCGCUCUGCUGUAACGGUUCAAACACACCAGUUGUUAUCUGGUCGCUGUAGUCUGACCGCGGAGGUUCUGCUGAUAAAUGCAGGUAUAUUCAGCAGAGAGGACACAGAGCGAGUAAAUGAUGCGUUCCCUCCGUCUUACUCCGCUCUGACCCGGCUUCCUGUGGCGUUUGCCUGUGACACCAUGAACCUGCGUGCCGGAAACGUGUCACAGUGGAUCUCCAACACUGCCCGGGCCACUCUGGAGUCCGACACCUGGCCUCCACGUGGGUUUGAAGAUGGCGCCGCCCGGAUCAGUAACGCCACUAACUCAGGGUGUCACGGGAACUGGUCUAACGUUGGCGGCGUGUCUCAGUGUCCUUCCCGGGAGACAGCGGUGGAGAAGAACUGGGCGGCGUUGCUGAUUCUGGUCGUCAUCGCCGUCACGGUCAUGGGCAACAUCCUGGUGAUCCUGGCGGUGUCGCUGGAGAAAAAGCUGCAGAACGCGACAAACUACUUCCUGAUGUCACUGGCGGUCGCCGACAUGCUCCUGGGCAUCCUGGUCAUGCCAGUUUCCAUGGUGACCAUCCUCUACGACUACGGGUGGCCGCUGCCCUCUGACCUCUGUCCCAUCUGGAUCUACCUGGACGUCCUUUUCUCCACGGCAUCCAUCAUGCAUCUCUGUGCCAUUUCUCUGGAUCGAUACAUCGGCAUACGCAACCCGAUCCACCACAGCCGCUUCAACUCCCACACCAAGGCCCGCAUCAAGAUCAUGGCAGUGUGGACGAUUUCAGUGGGGAUCUCCAUGCCGAUUCCCGUGCUCGGACUCCGAGACCACUCCAAGGUCUUCAAAGAUGGCAGCUGCCUGCUGACGGAUAACAACUUUGUGCUGGUCGGCUCCUUAGUGGCGUUCUUCGUGCCCCUCACCAUCAUGGUGGUCACCUACUUCCUGACCAUCAACGCGCUGCAGAACGAAGCCACACUCUGCUUGGACCAGCUGGUCCCACGCCCCAAAUGGAGCACGACUUUCACCCUGAGCUUCUUACCGCAGACAUCGCUGUCGUCAGAGAAACUCUUCAGGCGCUCCAUAAGCCGUGAGGCCGGCGGCAGAGGGAGCAGCAGCGGGCUGGGAGGCACCCGCGGGAGCGUUUCCGGCUCACUGUUCGGACGCCGCACCAUGCAGUCCAUCAGCAACGAGCAGAAAGCGUCCAAAGUCCUCGGGGUGGUGUUUCUUCUCUUUGUGGUCAUGUGGUGCCCGUUCUUCAUCACCAACGUGCUGGUGGUGGUGUGCAACCCGGCGGUGUGCAACACAGGACUCAUGGUAGGCCUGUUGAACGUUUUCGUCUGGGUGGGGUACUUGUCCUCCGCCGUGAACCCGUUGGUCUACACGCUGUUCAAUAAAACAUACCGAGCGGCGUUCCUGCGCUAUGUUCGUUGCCAGUACCAGCCAGAGAAGAAGCCUCUCCAGCUCAUACUGGUGAACACCAUCCCGCCGCUGGCCUACAGCUCCACCCAGCUGCCCCUGGGCGACGUUGAGAAGAUACGAAAUGGAGAUGCGCACUCUAGUGGCGAGGUGAAGGACUUCUCUUUACCCGGACAGGAAACGGAGAAGUGUCGGCCGGAUAAAAGACACAGAGACAAGGACGAGAGCUGCGUAUGAACAAACUCACAGAUUGAAUCAAACUGUGGUCACACGAGGAUCGAUGGUUUGAGGUUGAGGAAGUGCCAAAGACAAAGUGCCUACACCUUUUCCACCAAGAGGGCUGGUUCGGAGCCUAAUCUGGAACCAGCUCUUGAAGCGCCAGAUGGCCGUCUCCACUUCCUCCCACUGUACUAAUGAACCAGAAUAUCUGGAUACGGACGUUGCCAUCUUUCUUCAUUCGGAGUCUGUGCAGUAGUGAUCGAGGUCGGCGCCAUGGUAUUGAGGUCAAACACCGGCCGACUCGAUGGCGAACAGGACUCAGCUGUCAAUCAUGAUGUGAAACCCUCCUUUUAUAUUCUUUAAAAACUAACUAAAUCCAAACUGAUGAUAAAAUGAACACUUCAGCGUGAUAAGAACGACCCGGAAUGACAGAAACCAUCUUUAUGAGCUAUUCUGCAGUCAGCCACCAGGGGGAGACGGAGAGAGCUGUCAUGUCAUCCAUCUUUAAAUAUGCCGUUGUGCAGCACCAACACUUAGCUGAUCUGGAACCAAGAACAGGAGGGCGGCUUGUGGCCAGCUAUGUAUUUAUUAGCUGUUAUGUUAGCUAGGUAGCUAGCGGUUGGUCAGCUAACAUUACCCAAACAGCCAGCCAGGUAGCGUAACCUUGGUAAAAACUGCUAACGUUAGAGAUACAGUGACAUAAUGUCGUGGCUCUCCAACUCGUGGAAAAUCAAACCGGUUCUUAGAAGAUUCUUAAUUGAAACCAGACCAGAACUAGGUUGGCGUUGGUGGAAAAGGUGUUCCCAGACCUGAACAUUUAAAAUAUAGUUAAAUCUUUGCAUUGAGCUGAAUUAACCAUUUACCCACAAACCAUUGCUUCAUGGAUUAUUUCUGGUCUGUUUCAGAUCCUUCUCCACGCAAAUUAAAUGAAAUUCAUUUAAUUUCCCUCUUUUAUCUUGUUUAUCUUCCAGCCUGAGUAAGUUGAGACCAGGAGCAGGGAACGUCUGUGUAAAGGAUGUGAGACACUACAGAAAGUGCCAGAUUUACUCAAAAAACUUCUCAUUAUUUCAUUUUCCACGGAUGCUCGGCUGCAGUGACCUCGGCUACCCCCUCAUUCUUCUGGCUCCCUGGCAUCAGUCGGGGGGGCCUCUACCUCCCGUCACACCUUUGGGUGGAUCAGCAGGGAUUAGACUGGAUUUCCUGCCACUUUAUAAGAUGUUUGUGUCAGGGAGGGAGAUCCAGGUUGAGCCUGACUUCAGAGUCUCGCAGGUAAAGAUGCCAAAAUGGAGGAUGGUAAAGCUCCUGCAGGAGAAUAAAUAUGAUGUCUGAAAACACUCUGCAGAUACAGAGACAGCGUAAAUAAAUCUAUAUUUGUAUUUUGUGCAGAUAUGUGAAUAAAUGUACAUGAUUGUUAAAAUGUUUAGUGUUCUGAUACGAGGAUUGUAAAAUGAGAUUAUAUUGUAAAGGUCACUUUUAACCUUCUGUUGGCGGACGACUGGUGAACACAUUGGUUGUUUCCAGAGGCAUCGAGGUCUUUACACACUGUUAGUUAAUUUAACUCCAAACAAUUGUUGAAACCUUUAACUAACACAAACUCAAUUUUGUAAAAAAGAUGCGUGAUUAAGCAGCUUUUAAUAUUAAUGUUAAUGACACUAAUUUAAGAUUUUCUGGGGUAUUUUGUUUUCACAGCACAAAUAGAAAUUUAAAAACUAACUCUGUCACUUUAAAAAAGAACGUUUUUUAAGUUUACAAAAUUGAGUUAUUUUUUCCUAAAAAUGUUCGAUGUGAUUAGUUUCACCAAUUUUUUGAGUUAAAUUAACGUAUCUGGUUUUACAGUUCACGGUGGAACAAAUGCCACUUUUUGUCAAAAAUGUGAAUAGAAAUCUGAUUGCACACAUACGUAUCGAUAGAAAUGCAACAAUGUGACAUCCAGGAGGUUGAUUGAUGAACGCAGCAACAUAAAUUCAACCAACCUCUGUCAAUUCUGCACAACCUUCCAGUUUUGUUCAAUCGCCGCAACUUUUGUUCAUGUUUGACAUUUGAUAGAUAGAUAGAUGAUAGAUAGAUAGAUACUUUAUUUAUCCCGAGGGAAAUUUGAUAGUUUCCUGCACAAAUUGUUGAUGUUUCAUUGCAAAAAAUUGCAGUGAAUCACAGUUUUUUAGAAAAGUUGCUGUGAUAUUUAAGCUGCACAAAGCCGGAGAAUUCCAGGAAGGACUGCGAUGGUACGGUUUUUUUAGAUGCACAUAAAAGCUAAAACAUCCUCAACUUUUCAGCACAAGACGCAGAGUUACACCACUCGUCAAUGUCACACAUGGCCCAGACUGCCAAUCAAAUCAAUAGGCUUUACUAUAGCCCUGCCCCCAACGCUGUAUAUGUCAGCUAGCCGUUGGACUGAGAGCGCCACAGGGCUGUUGGGCUUGAAUCCUUUUUAUUUUUUUGUUCAUCAUAUUUGACGGUGUCGUUGUUUUCCUUACAUACUUUGACAAGCUGUUGUGGCCGCUGUGUGAUCGCCCGCUAACCCUGAGGAGAGGCUGGAGCAAAAAGGGGCAGGGCUUAGGAAGGUUAAAUUGCGGACUACAGGUACAGUGCUUUUUGCUGCGGUACCACAUUCGGCCACUCUCAUUAAAGAAAGGGAUAAAGAAAAACAAUAUCUCGUACGCUGAUGUUUCCUCUAAAUGUUAAAGAGGACUUCACCUCUAAGAUGCCAAACAUCCAUUUACAGGAUGGAGCUUGUGAAGGGUUUAUAGUUUUACUAGGUAAUAACCUUUUAAUAAUAAUGUUACAUUUUUAUACUAUAAAUGACUUCAGUGUGAACUUUGGGAGCAGUGGCUGCAGAAGGCUAAAGCUAGCUCAGGCUGCACUAAAGGAAGAGAUGCUCGUUGCACUAAACGUGGUCCGGACCUCGAGCUGUUAUGUGAAGAAAUAAAAGAGAUGUUCAGCCGAAGCACGCAGCAGGGAGGAUAUUUAUCGCCAACACAGCUGUUAUUUACAACAGCAGGUGAGAGGAGUCAGACAACAGACGCUGCUGUAAACAACAGUAAUGAAGUAAGAGACGUAUUAGCUCAGCAGGCGGCUGCUUUUAGCAACCUGCGUUUACACAGGAAGGUUCAGCAGAUGAUGUGACGGCCAUCCACCUUCCUGCUGAUGUAGCUCUGGAUCCACAACCGAACUCUUAUUUGAAACUCAACCUGCGUUUAAACAGAAGUUUGUUUCUGUCCAUGAACUGGUGUCUGUUCUGGAGUUUGAUGUUUGAUGGUUUCUUUUCUAUGUCACCUGUGUGGAACAGCAGGUUUCUGUCUCCUGCUUUCAAAUCAAGUAAAACCUGGAGAUGAAGCGUU